AUGGCAGGUGAGGACUGGGCACAUGGGUUUCGUAACAGAAAUAAAAUUACUUUGAGAAAGCCAUCACCAACGAGUCUGAGUAGAGUUGUUGGUUUCAACAAAGAUGAAGUUGGUCUAUUCUUUUCAAACCUGACAACAGUUGUCGACAAAUUCAAAUUUGGAGCAGACAGAAUCUAUAAUAUGGACGAGACAGGAAUCUCAACUGUGCAAAAACCUGGACAGAUUCUUGGUCCUAAGGGACAAAAGCAAGUUGGUGGUGCUAUAAGCUGGGAGAGGGGCCGUAAUAUAACCGUGAUAUGUUGCUUCAGUGCUUCAGGCACAUAUGUUCCCCCAAUGAUUAUAUAUCCUAGGAAAAGGAUGUCACCUUUGCUUGAGAGAGGUGGUCCAGUAGGAGCCCUCUACAGAUGUUCGCACAAUGGCUGGUCUAAUGAGGACCUUUUUCAUGAAUGGUUGGAACACUUCAAAAAGUUUUGUAAACCCACUGCGGAAGAUCCGGUUUUGCUGUUGCUCGACAACCAUGGGAGCCACAUUUCGUUGAACACAUACAACUAUUGCCGUUUGAAUCACAUCCACAUCGUGUCAAUCCCUCCUCACACCUCACACAAAAUUCAACCCCUAGAUGUGUCAUUUUAUGGGCCUCUGAAAAAAUCUUUCAACAAUGAAUGCGACAAAUUUAUGAGGGCCAAUUCGUACCAGAAAAUAACUCCCUAUGACAUUGCUUACAUUUUCAAUAAAGCAUACAUGAGUGUAGCUACACUUGAGAAGGGUGUAUCUGGAUUCAAGACCACAGGCAUAUAUCCUCUGAACCCUAAAAAGUUUGAUGACAACGAGUUCACUGCAGUACAGCAUCGAGACACACAGCUCGUUGAUGAUGAGCCAGAGGAUACCUUUGAAGCCCCAGUGCAGCGUGCAUCAGAGGUCAACCAGGAGAAGACUACAGCUACUGCUCCUACUGCUGAAGUGAACCUUCCAGGACCAUCAGGAGUUACGUUCAUAAAAGCAUCAGAGGUCAACCAGGAGAAGACUACAGCUACUGCUCCUACUGCUGAAGUGAACCUUCCAGGACCAUCAGGAGUUACGUUCAUAAAAGCAUCAGAGGUCAACCAGGAGAAGACUACAGCUACUGCUCCUACUGCUGAAGUGAACCUUCCAGGAUCAUCAGGAGUUACGUUCAUGAAAGCAUUGUAUAAAUUCUCACCAAUUCCUAAAAUUGCAGAAGCCAAGUUGAAAUCCAACACUGACCGGAAAUUGCAUUCUUCAAUAGUCACAGGAACACCGAUGAAAACAGUUUUAGAAGAAGCUGAAGCAAAGAAAAAAGAUAAAGCUGCAAAGAAAGAUGCAAAAAGAAAAAGAGAUGCCACAAAAAUCCUGAACCCUGACAAGAAAAUUAAAAAAUCCGCUAUUGUUAAAGUGAAGAAAGAAGAAGGAACAAAAGGGAAGAUAUUGAAGAAGAAAAUCAAAUGUCGCCGUCUUAUUAGUUUUGAAUCUUCAACUUCAGAUGAAGAGGACGUUCCCCUGAAAGACAUUUGUGAUGACAAUGAGGAUGACGAUACAUUCAAUAUUUCUGAUGCAAAUGUAGAUAUUUGUCUUGUUUGUGGAGAAUUUGGCCAUAAUGAACUUUGGUACAGAUGCACAAAGUGUGGGAAGUGGGCACAUGCUGAAUGCAGCGGUGCUGAUAGUGCCAAAAAUUAUAUUUGUGACUUUUGCUAG